AUGACGCUUACAGACAGACCUAUCCCUUUUACAGGCCCAGGCACAGCCCCUGCAUUUAAUCUGACCCUAUUUUGGUGCACGAUGUCCAUCAAGUGGGAUCCUAAACAUCUGGAAAUCAAGACAAACUCUGUUGAGAAAACUCUGGAACCAAUUGUCUUCCAGUGUAGGCAUGUUGCCAUUGAGUUGUUCAUUUUGUAUAUUUGUACACUUUGGUUGAGCAUUGCUUGCGAAGUCAGAGAUCUCCCAAAGAUGGAGAGUGUUGAUUUGAAUGGAAAGUCUCCCAUAUUCCUGAAGUGGGAUCCUAAGAACCUGGAGAUCAAAACCAAAACAGUGGAAAAGACACUAGAACCCUUGGUGAUCCAGGUCACUACCCUUGUCAGUUCCAAAGGACCAUCACGGAAGAAGAAAGGCAGGAGCAAGAGAGCUCAUGUUUUGGUGGCUGCUGUUGAGAAAGCUACUGAAAACUUUAUUCAAAAAGGAGAGCAGAUUGCUUCAGAGAAUCCUGACAUACAACAUGAAAUGCUUGCUGCAGUUGAGGAAGUCAGAAAAACAGGUGAAGCAAUGGGUCAGGCAUCAAGAGAGUUUGCUGAAGAACCUUGCAGUUCAGCUAAGAGAGGAAGUAUGGUUCGGGCAGCCAGGAAUCUUUUGUCAGCUGUUACCCGUCUUCUCAUUCUGGCUGACAUGGUGGAUGUCCAUAGACUCCUCAAAUCCCUCCGAUUGGUGGAAGCCGAUUUAGAACGUGUGAGGAGUGCCAGCAGCCAGCAAGAGCUUGUUGAUAGAUUCAGACAAUUUGGCCAGAGUGCACAGCAAUUGAUGCAGGCUGCUGCUCGACGACAAAUGGAAUUGAAGGAUCCUCGAAUGAGAGAUGACUUGGCUGCUGCCAGAGCUCUCCUAAAGAAGCAUUCCAUGAUGCUGUUCACUGCAUCUAAGGCAUAUGUCCGCCACCCUGAACUGGCAGCUGCCCGUGCAAAUCGAGACUUCAUCCUAAGGCAAGUGUGUCAGGCAGUGAACACCAUCUCAGAUGUGGCCCAGGGAAAAAUCUCUUCUGCAAUGGAAGCAGCUCCUUUGAACUCAGGUGGACCUGGGUUUCAAACUUCUGCUCCAUAUGAUGGACCAGGAGAGCUUGCUGCUGCUUUGGAUGAUUUUGAUGAGAGGAUCAUUCUUGACCCUGUGACAUACAGUGAAGUACGUACUCGACCAUCAUUGGAAGAACGUCUAGAGAGCAUCAUUAGUGGAGCUGCAUUGAUGGCUGAUUCAAGCUGCACACGUGAUGAGAGGAGAGAGAGGAUUGUUGCUGAAUGCAAUGCUGUGAGACAAGCUUUGCAAGACCUGCUAGCUGAGUAUAUGGCCAAUAUGGGGAAGUCAGAGACAAGUGAAGGAUUGGACAGAGCAUUAGAGCAUAUGUGCAGGAAAACCAAGGAUCUUCGUCGACAGCUGAGGAAAGCUGUUGUGGAUCAUGUUUCAGAUAGCUUCUUAGAAACCAAUGUGCCUUUGUUGGUGCUGAUUGAAGCAGCCAAGAAUGGGAAUGAAAGGGAAGUAGAGGAGUAUGCACAAGUGUUCACAGAACAUGCAAACAAACUAGUUGAGGUGGCAAAUUUGGUAUGCUCCAUGUCCAACAAUGAAGAUGGUGUGAAAAUGGUCCGCUACGCUUCAUCUCAGAUUGAGAGCAUGUGUCCUGAGGUAAUAAAUGCUGCGAGAGUCUUGGCUGCCCGUCCCAAAUCUAAAGUGGCUCAGGAGAAUAUGGAGGCCUUUAGGGUCGCCUGGGAAAAGGGAGUUCGUCUUCUGACUGAAGCUGUGGAUGACAUUACCACUAUUGAUGACUUCUUGGCUGUUUCAGAAAGCCACAUUUUGGAGGAUGUAAAUAAAUGUGUCCUGGCUCUACAAGAAGGGGAGGCAGAUGCUUUAGAUCGUACUGCAGGGGCAAUUAGAGGUAGAGCAGCACGUGUUGCUGCUGUGGUAGAAGCAGAGAUGGAUAAUUAUGAGCCUGGCAUCUACACUGAGAGGGUCUUGGAAGCUGUUGCUGUCCUCAAUGAGCAUGUGAUGCCAAACUUUGCACAGCGAGUUGAGGUUGCAGUGGAAGGUCUUAGCUCCAAUCCACCCAAGGAAGUAGAUGAAAAUGAAUUUAUUGAUGCAUCGAGAUUGGUGUAUGAUGGAGUGAGAGAAAUUCGAAGAGCUGUCCUCAUGAAUAGGACUGAUGAUGAGUUGGAUCCAGAAGAAGUGGUCUUAGAUGAUCAGUAUGCACUGGAGACUCGUUCUAAGUCAAGUGCUCACACCACUACUGAUAAUUUUGACGAGUAUCCUGAUGUCAGUGGUGUCACUAAUGCUCGGGAUGCAAUGCGUGCAUUGAAAGAGGAAGACAAGGCCCUGAUCCUUGCCCAAGUGGAACACUUCCGCACAGAAAAGGCCAAGUUUGAUCUUGAAGUGGCUAAGUGGGAUGAUGCAGGAAAUGACAUCAUUGUUCUUGCCAAGCACAUGUGCAUGAUUAUGAUGGAAAUGACUGACUUCACCAGGGGUCGUGGUCCUUUGAAGACAACUAUGGAUGUGAUUGGAGCUGCCAAGAAAAUCUCAGAAGCUGGAACACAACUUGACAAAUUGGCUCGUCAGAUAGCCGAUCAGUGCCCAGAGUCCACAACCAAGAAGGACUUGUUGGCCUACCUACAACGCAUAGCUCUCUAUUGCCAUCAAUUGAAUAUCACCUCCAAAGUGAAAGCUGAUGUGCAGAACAUUUCAGGAGAGCUCAUUGUCUCAGGGUCUCCAAUAGUUGUCUGGAAGAUGAAGGCUCCAGAAAAGAAACCCCUUGUGAGAAGAGAGAAGCCAGAUGAGGUUCGUGCCAAAGUGCGCCGUGGUAGUCAAAAGAAACUAGUUGCCCCCAUCCGAGCUUUAGCAGAGUUUCAGAGCCCUGCUGAAGCCACUGUUUUGGAGGGGGUCCUUGACUUGUUGACAAAGUGUUCUGAGUCCACACCUCUGGCAGAUGUGGUUGAGUUCAUAGUUGAAGGCAUUCAUUCCAAGACAGUGAAGGACUUCAGUGAACACUGGAAUCAGUGGACAGCAGAUGAGACGCAGUAUCCUGAAGAUGUCCAAGGCUUGGAUUCCUUGGAUCUCCUACUUCUUGCACUUCAGAUCUUACAUAUCCAAUCUCAUAACUUUGAUAAAGCUCAAGGAUGGCUGAGAACCCUGAGUGAAUGGCAGAAGAAAAAGGAGCCAGAGUUUUACUUGACUGCAGCCAAAGUGUUGUUUAACUUGGAUCGAAACACUUCUAUGGCCAUCCUGCCUCCGUCUUUGUAUCUAUUGCAUCCCUUCACAUAUGAAGAAGAAGAGGAAGAAACCAAAGGACAAGGCCUGAAUGAGAGGAGCGAAAAACUGUUGAACCAGCUGCUUGAGGCCAGAAUUAGUGAGAAACCAAUCAUAUGGGUGGCCCACUCCAUGGGUGGUCUCCUUCUAAAGGCCAUGCUUGUCAAAGGUUCCCCUAUCUUGUCAGAACUAAAUGAGGACUUCCUCUCACUUCUUGCAAAUUACAAAAUAUCUGUGGAAAGUUUUGUGGAGACCAUAGAUAUGAAGGUGACUGUUACAUUGCCAAAGCUGACUUGGGUGACACCUACUUCUGCUGAUAUUGGAGUGGGAACGUUAUGGAAAAUCAAGACCAAUCACAGAGAUAUAUGCAAGCCUAUGGAUAAGUCAUCUGUGGUUUACCAGUCCAUCCUGCAGAUGACAUCUCACAUGCUGAAAAAG